AUGCCUCGCGUCACUUUAAAUCGACCCCAAGGCAUUGUCCUGACCGCUUGCAUUCUCUUGUUCGUCGGCUAUGAACUAUUUAUCAUUUACAACCGAAACGAAGUGGAUCCUGCUUGGAGCAAAAUAUCAUCCCCUUUCUCGAAAACCCCUAAAACCCCUCAAUACGUCACUGAAUUUAAAGAACAAAUGGAUAAAGGUGGAUAUAUCCCUUCGCUCGACUCGUAUGAUCUGUAUGAGUCGGUAGAUGUAUGGAGAUCCCCCGAGUCCUUCAGUCAUGCUUAUGACGAUAAUCCCAAUUCUAGACAUAAAUCUUCGAUGCAUUUUGACAAUGUUCAUGGUAGACCCAAGAACCCCGAUCCUGCUUCAUACGGAUCCACUGGCGAGUAUCUCAAGAUUCCUCUUGUCGCCGACUACCCUCCAAAUGCUGACAAGAUCUUUUUGAUGAUCAAGACUGGUGCUUCCGUACUAUGGGAUCGUUUACCCGUGCAUUUAUUCACCACUCUAACUCGAGUACCUAAUUUUGCUAUCUACUCUGAUGCUCCUGGAUCAGUCGGUGGUUACGAGGUUAUUGAUGUGCUCGCUAACAUGACUGCCAAGUCCCGUCUUCGUAACGAGUUUAAAAUGUACCGUGACCAGCGAACUCUUCACGAUACUCACGGAAACAUGCCAUUGACCGACGUCAUGGGAAAAGAUGGCUGGGUUUUGGACAAGUUCAAGAACAUUCCUAUGCUUGCUCAUGCAUGGACUGUAUCACCAGACUCGGACUGGUAUGUAUUUAUGGAUGCCGACUCUUUCUACUUUAUCGACAAUCUGGUCGAAGUUCUCAGUCAUUUCGAUCCUAAUCAGCCACUUUAUAUGGGCUCUCCUGCCGGGGCUGGUAGAUAUACUUUUGCUCAUGGUGGUAGUGGUGUUGUUUUGUCUCAUAGAACCAUGCAAGAUACCGUCGGUGUCGACCCUAUACAAGUACCAAAAGACUACGAAGACCGUACUUUUAAAGAAUGUUGUGGUGAUUUGAUGGUUGCCUAUAUGGUUGUAGACAGAGCAAACACUCUAAUCACCCCAAAUCCUUCCUUCAAGGGUGAGCCUUACUAUUCUAUGGAACUGAAAGAAUCGCUAUGGUGUAAACCGCCUGUUUCAUUCCAUCACCUAUUUCCCCAUGACAUCGAGGUACUAUGGGAGUACGAAAGAAUCAAGCGAUUGCAAGGAAAGCAGAUUCUAUUUGCUGACAUGUACCGUGAUUUCGUCAUGCCAUAUAUCGACCACCAGAUUGAAGACUGGGAUAACGAGUCUUGGACAACUAUUGUCACUCUCGCCAAAGACAGACAGAACAACAUCCUACCCAGUACUGAAGGAGGUGAUGAAGUGCGUCCUUACGAGUCGCUUGAUGCAUGUCUGAAAUUCUGCGAGGGACUGCCUGACUGUUUGAUGUACUCGUACCACAAAAAGAAGCAACAAUGCGCUGUCGCACCCCUGGUCAAGCUCGGCAAACCUGCUCACGACUUCCAAAAAUCCGCCAUCAAGGAUUCAAACCAAGGUAUGGUUUCGGGCUGGAUGAUCGAACGUAUCCAGCAAAUGCGCAACAGAACCGAGUGUGACGUCGCAUAUAAGUCAUCUGACGCUGUUUAUAAAACCGGUAUUGAUAGAACCGAGGGCUGGCUCCGUCGGGAAGAUCGCACCAUAAUCACUGGCAAACCAUACCUCGACCGCGAUACUGAUUACGCCAGCGACACUGAUGCCGGAAUUGCUUAA